AUGGUCUAUUUCAAGAUGUCCCAGCCCAACAGAAACAUCUAUCGGCUCCCUGGACCUCGUCCUGUCUCUAAAUUUGCCUCCAACAUGGACUCUUCCUCCUUCUUGGACUCUCUCUCCCAGGAGUUUACCAACUUGACCCGUCUUCUGUACUGGCCUCCCAUCCCAGGAGGUGCGGGGGACAUUUUGGCCUCUACCAGCCCCCAGACCUCUACCUACCACCUGAGGAGUCCUGCUCAGGCCAGCUAUGCCCUGGGAAGCUCCCUGGAGGCCAUCCUUGUGGCCAGGGACCACCGGGGCAGGCCCAAGACCCACGGUGGGGAUCUGUUUCGGGCACAGCUGCUGGGUCCAGAUCUGAAGGCAGGGGUCCCUGGGGAUGUCUGGGACCUGGAAAAUGGCACGUACCUCUUAUCUUUCCCCCUUUUCUGGGCUGGGCAGGCCCAGGUGCAAGUGCGGCUGAUUCACUCCAGCGAGGCAGUUGGGGUUCUGCAGAGAAUCUGGAGAGAGAAAAGCGCCACAGUCGAUUUUAGGGGCUAUUUCCGGGGACCAAAAGGGACUGAAGAGACUGUGAUUUGCAAUGUCGACCCCCAGUCAACUGGUACAAAAGGGCCUACCUGCCAGUACAGGGAUAUGGUUUCUGGUGAACUCUGGUUCUGUGCUAAACCUCCUACCCUGCCCUGCAACUUUCUAGUUGGUCAUUCAAGUGGGAGUUAUCUGAAGGUGACCACUCCACGUGACGAGGCCCUGCUGGCAUGGAAUGUGACUGACAAGCUGCUCCCUCAGGGAAUUUCUCCAAUUCAGAUCAGGACAGCAGCCACAGGGAACAUCAGUCUGGCCCUGUCCCCGCGGCUCCCAUGCCGCCCUGGGCUCCUGGUUCCAAAGCCCUCUGGCUUCUACCACCAAGAUGUGUGGCACUCGCUGGCCUGCUCCAGCCGCUCCUUCUCCACUGUCGACAGCAUCCUGGGCUGCCUGGCUGGCCACGUCAUCCACAUGAUGGGGGACUCCACGCUUCGGCAGUGGUGGGAGUAUCUCCGGGACACCGUGCCCUCCCUGAAGCCAGUGGAUCUACAUGUCACAUAUCAGACAGGGCCCCUGAUGGCUGUGGACACCACCCGGGACAUAGUGCUGCACUGGAGGGCCCAUGGCUGGCCCCUGCGCUCCCUCCGCACACCAGUGGCCUCCCUGCAUUCUGUGGCCCGGGAGCUGGAGGGCCUGGCCGGGGGUCCCCACACUGUGGUGGUGCUGGGUCUGGGAGCCCACUUCACCACUUUCCCCCCAUCCAUCUUUGUGCGACGGCUGGCAGGGAUCCGGGCGGCUGUGACCGACCGUGAGCCGGGAGUGGAUGCCUGGGAAAUGACCUCCAGCCUGGCUGUGCCAGACAACAUCCACCCAGGGAAGCUCAUUGUCCGGAAUGAGGUGGACUUACUCCUCUCCUUCAUCUGCCCCAGCUGAGUGCUUCUGAGGGUCCUGGCGUGGUGUUGAAGGACAGCCUGGGACCUGGCCAUCAGAACUGUGAGGAGGACCACAGCAGUGAUGGGACCUUGAACUUCACAAUGACUCAGAGAGGAUUAAUUGCUCCAAGACUGGCCACCUAGGAUAAACCAUUGUUCAUAUUUUGGUGAAUUUCAAUUAUCUGUCUAUGCACCUCACACACACAUGUGUAAUUUUAUAUCAGUGAAAUCAUACUUCGCUCGCCUUCUUUUUUAAAAAUUAUUUUAUUUAACUUUAUUUCUUUAAUUUGACCAGACUGAGACAGAGUGAGAGAGAGAGAGAGAAAGUGAGAG